UCUUCCCCCCGUGGUCGCUCCUCUCCCACCCAGACCAGUGAUCUCCCGGGGAAGCCCUAUCUGGGGACAGGCAGGAUGGUGUCCUGGAUCAUCUCCAGACUUGUGGUGCUGCUGUUUGGUACUUUAUAUCCAGCAUAUUCAUCAUACAAAGCUGUGAAGACAAAAAAUGUGAAAGAAUAUGUAAAAUGGAUGAUGUAUUGGAUCGUAUUUGCCUUUUUCACAACUGCGGAAACCUUAACUGAUAUUAUCCUCUCUUGGUUUCCUUUUUAUUUUGAGUUAAAGAUUGCUUUUGUUAUUUGGCUUCUAUCGCCUUAUACUAAAGGCUCUAGUGUGCUGUAUAGGAAAUUUGUCCAUCCAACACUUUCUAGUAAGGAAAAGGAAAUUGAUGAGUACAUUGCCCAGGCAAGGGACAAGAGCUAUGAAACAAUGAUGCGUGUUGGUAAAAGAGGCUUGAACAUUGCUGCUAAUGCUGCUGUCACUGCAGCUACCAAGGGUCAAGGAGUGUUGUCAGAGAAGUUGAGAAGUUUCAGCAUGCAGGAUUUGACUCUCAUACAAGAAGAUGACGCAGUGCAUCUGCAGAGCCCUGAGCCUCGGUUACGCAGUGCCUCUACUGGGCUGGUGGAAAGCAUUGUAGAUCCAGCUUCUACUACUUGUCCAGCUUCUGAAGACCAAAAGCAUAGUGUGAAGUCAGAAGGGGAACAGCCCGAUGUCAAAACUGAACCGUCCGAUGAAGAUGCCACUGAAAAAGUGCCGAAACGGACAGCAAGUGUCAAGAGUGUUAAAAAGGUUAUAAAAGUGGAGCCACAGAACAAGAAUCUCAAGGCUCGUCCCAAGAAGAAACCCACUGGAACCACUGUGCCUGGAGAAUCAGCAUGAAGCCUUGUCUUUCUUUUCAGAAUAUAAGUUACACACUGCUCAUCUGAAGCUCCUUGGAGGACUUCGUGCUACAAUAGUGACAAGUACCACUAGUCAAUGGAUCACUCCUCGUCUGGGGAUGAGUAUUUGCAGAAAAACGUGUGUAUUAAAAUUAUAUAGGCAAAUAUUCUACUGGGCCGCUCUGACGUGUGGAACAUGUUUAAAGUUGUUCACGCACACUGACUUUUAAAUAAACAAAAACUCGAUAACAGUAAUAAGGGAAUUGAAACAUAAAGAAAGGCUUACUUCUUUUGUGUCUGAUAUGUCUGGACUGUUGCUGAGUUACUGUCAACCAGCUCUAUGGUAAAGGCUGAACCUAGGUGCUCAGUCUUCUGCUAAUGGUUUUAGUUAACAGUGGCCUCACUAGUGCAAAUAAUAUGUACUUACCUUUUUAUUUAUUUGAUGACAGCCUUUUUUUUUUUUCCUAAUUUCAUUUAUCCUGGUUAUACCGUAAAGCUUGUAGCACACUUAAUGAUUGUAGUAUAGAUGGGACUUGGUCACUGCAAUGCACUUUGGCAGCUAUAUACACUAUAUAAUAGUACACAGUAAUGCUUACUAUAUAGUUUGACAUGAGCUGGCUUAUGGACCCUUUCAUAUGUCAAAGUGUGACCCAUAGGCACAAUGUAUAUAAUAGCACCAUGGGCUGUACUGCCAAUAUGACAGAUAUAUUAGAAUAACAUAAUUAGGAGGGAGAUUUGAGUUUGAGGUGGUCUGUACUAAAGGUAAGCAAAAUGAGUCACAUGAUCACAAUUUAGUAUUAUGGUUAGAUUUAUAUCUGACUCACGGGUACUUGGAACAUCUCUACCAGUUAGAGAUUUCUCAUAUUGC